AUGAGAGAAAAUACGUCUGUCUCGAGGGACAGGAGCGAACUUGAUACGAUUGGAAAAUGUCCACAUUUGGGAGCCGGGGGUCCAGAUUGCACAGAGCAAACUAAAUGUAGCAUCCUUAUUGGUGUGGACACCACGCGUUUGUACAAGAAGCGCUGGGUGAUCGUGUUCCUGUUCAGCGCAUACUCCCUGAGCAACGCUUACCAAUGGAUCCAGUACGGGAUCAUCAGCAACAUCCUGAUAAAGUUCUACAACGUGGACGCCUUCGCUAUCGACUGGCUGUCCAUGAUCUACAUGCUCGGCUACAUCCCCUUGAUCUUCCCGGUGACCUGGCUCCUGGAUAAGAAAGGGCUGCUGGUCACAGCGCUGCUGGCCAACGCGCUCAACUGUUGCGGGGCAUGGAUCAAAGUGGCCAGUGCCAACCCCAACUUGUUCUGGGUGACCAUGCUGGGCCAGGCCGCAAAUUCCCUGGCCGAGGUCUUCAUCCUCGGGAUGCCCUCCCGCCUGGCCUCGGUCUGGUUCGGCGCGGAUGAGGUCUCCACCGCCUGCUCCAUUGGAGUUUUUGGGAAUCAGCAACUGGGUGGAGAAACACUCGGGUCAGCCUGUGCCUAGUGUGUGUGAUAAAAGGAUUUCUCAGACAGCUUAAGUAUUAAGAGCUUGUGCAGAGCAGGUCGCUCCUUUCCAUGCAUUUUGAGUAGUUUCACUGUUUGUAGUACAAGUGAAUGGUGUUUUGACUCACAUGGCAAGAGAUUUAUCAUAGAUCUUUUUUUUAAUUGUCACUUUUAAUGUGUACAUUAGGGGC